AAACGGACCGGUGCGUGACUGGGUUCCGUUUCGCGGGGGGCGGAAACCUUGAGACCCGUACGAUCUAUAACGACGACGCGAGGGGCGGACGGUGAAAUAUACAGAGAGAGAGGCAGUGAGAGAGAGAGAGAGAAAUAAAAAAAAAUUAAAAAACAACCACCGUGGGGUGGGGAAGGUGAGAAAGCGUUGUGGUCGUCGCCAAGGGGAGGAACGUCUGACGUUGUAUGGAGAUUGCCGCAGUGCAUUCGCCACUUUUCUCCCUCUCUCUCUCUUUACCAGUAUUCGCCGUCGGUGAUGGACGAGCCCAAAGAGAAGAUCAGGAUGGAAUUCGAAAGGUUGCCCGACUUGACCAACAACUCGACAAUGAGCACAGGUGAGGUGGACAAUUGGUUCAUGAUGGAGUCGCCGUUCCCGGUGUUGACCCUGACCUCGGUCUACCUCUACUUCGUCCUUUGGCUGGGGCCGGCGAUGAUGUCGAAGAAGCAGCCGCUCAGCCUACAGCCUCUCAUCGUACUCUACAACGCGGCGCAGGUGGCCUUCUCGUCCUGGUGGGUCUACAAGGUUGCUGGCAUUUUUAGCGUUUUGAAAGCGAGCGAAGUCAUCAAUGCUGCUUGCAGGCCUAGCCUCCUUCCUUCGGCGAUUGCAAACCAGUUCGAUGUCAUGGGCUGGUGGUAUCUUAUGUCAAAGUUUGUCGAACUACUUGAUACGAUUUUCUUCGUGUUGAGGCGGAAGCAGAACCAGGUGACGUUUCUCCACGUCUACCACCACACGAACAUGGCCGUUUCGACUUGGGCGUUCAUCAAAUACGUCAAAGGCAGUCAGACGAUGAUGAUCGGUUUCUGCAACACGCUGGUCCACGUCGUCAUGUACGCCUAUUACCUCCUCUCAGCCCUGGGGCCCAAAAUCCAGAAGUACCUCUGGUGGAAGAGGUACAUCACGAGGCUACAAAUUGUCCAGUUCCUCAUAAUAAUCAGCUAUUUGGUGUCAGUGAUGAUCGCUCCGUGCCAGGUCCCGUCUGCGUUCAUCACUUUCGCCGUCGGCAACACGGCCUCCUUCCUCCUCUUGUUCUACAACUUCUACAUCCGCGCCUACCCGAAGAAGGCUCCAGCGAAAGGGGAAUAACGCUGAACGCCCGGCAGAGCCGAUGCCCGACGCCGUUCCUCCUCCUUCUCCUCCUCCUCCUCCUCCUGCUGCGUUGUCAACGGAGUCGACGACACUUAAAACACAAAGGAAUUGGAAAUAAAAAAGUGUACAUAGUA